GAUUUUAAAUGAAGGGUGGCUCAGAUAUUUCACUGGCGACAGAGCCAUGAGGAGGACAAGGUUACUGUAGCAUUGCUCAACUGUGUUGUUGUGUACUUGUUCAAAUUAAUAACAAAGACUGAACAAGAGCUCCAUUAGUGUUGUGUUGGCCUUCUCCUUGUUUUUCCUUCUGUCUAUUUUCCCCAGACAAGGUUAAAGGAGGUUGGUUGAGUUGAGCCUCAACCUUUCCUCUGUCUUUAACUCUUCAUUACAGGUUAUUUUCUGGCUCUUUCUGAAAGCUGUUUUUAGUGGUUCAAGCUGUAAAUGCCGCUGUCUCUGAGAUAGAUUUACAUGGGGAAGAAGGGAAGUGGUAGUUCGUGGUUAACUGCUGUCAAAAGGGCAUUCAGAUCUCCCACCAAAGACAGUGACAAAAGGAGUGGCAGAAGAAGAGAAGACUGUGAUCAAGAAGAAGACGAAGAAAAGAAAAGGGAAAAGAGAAGAUGGAUUUUCAGGAAGACUCACAUGAGUCAAGAAGGAGCGAACACCAACAACAACAACACUCAACAAAAGUCGAAGCAUGAUGUGGCGGCAGCAGCUGGUGGGGGUUCAAGGACAGACCAGGAUCAGAAGCAUGCACUUGCGGUGGCAGUGGCCACCGCAGAAGCCGCCAUGGCGACCGCUCAGGCGGCGGUGGAGGUGGCAAGGCUGACCAAACCUGCUAGCCAUGCAAGGGAGCAUUAUGCUUCUGUUGUGAUCCAAACAGCUUUCAGAGGGUAUCUGGCCAGAAGAGCACUUCGUGCACUGAAGGGGUUGGUGAAGUUGCAAGCUUUGGUUAGGGGUCACAAUGUUCGGAAGCAGGCAAAGAUGACCCUUAGAUGCAUGCAGGCUUUGGUUAGAGUUCAAGCAAGGGUCCUUGACCAGCGCAUAAGGUCUUCACUUGACGGUAGCAGAAAAUCCACCUUCAGUGACACCGCCAGCGUUUGGGACUCGCGGUAUCUUCACGAUAUUUCAGAUAGGAAAUCAGUGUCAAGAGAGGGGAGCAGCAUUGCAGAUGACUGGGAUGAACGUCCUCACACGGUUGAAGAAGUGAAGGCCAUGUUGCAGCAGAGGAAGGAAGCAGCAAUGAAGAGAGAUAAGACCCUGUCCCAGGCCUUUUCCCAACAGAUUUGGAGGAAUGGUAGGACAUCAUCGAUUGGAAACGAAGACGAGUUGGAAGAGAGACCAAAAUGGCUAGACCGGUGGAUGGCGACGAAGCCAUGGGAGAACAGAGGAAGAGCUUCAACAGAUCAGAGAGACCCCAUUAAGACAGUGGAGAUCGACACCUCUCAACCUUAUUCAUAUCUGGGAACCAAUUACAGAAGAUCACAUCCAAAUUAUCAAUACAACCCAAACCACCAUCAACCACAAAGACACUCCAUUGCUUCUCCACUCCACAGAUCUCACCAAAAUGGAUCCAUUCACCAGUCCCCGGCAACCCCUUCUCCCGCAAAAUCAAGACCCAUCCAAGUCCGGUCAGCAAGCCCUCGUUGCAUCAGAGAAGACAGAAACUACCCCACCUCACAAACACCAAGCUUGAGGUCCAAUUACCAUUACACAGGAAACUUGUACCAAAAUGGAAGGGGUGUUGGAUCUGGAACUAGUAGUAACGGUGCUGCUACAUUGCCGAAUUACAUGGCGGCGACGGAGUCUGCAAAGGCUCGAAUCCGGUCACAGAGCGCGCCAAGGCAGAGGCCAUCGACACCGGAGAGGGACAGGGUUGGAUCGGCAAAGAAAAGGCUUUCUUUUCCUGCUCCAGACCCUUAUAGCGUGGGAGUGAGUUAUGGAAACUACGGGCACAGUUUGAGGAGUCCAAGCUUCAAGAGUGUGAGUGGAUCACACUUCGGGUUGGAGCAGCAAUCAAAUUACUCCUCUUGCUGCACGGAAAGUGUUGGCGGUGGUGAGGUUUCUCCGUCUUCAACCGGCGACCUUAGGAGGUGGUUGAGAUGAUUUGUUGCUACUUUAAUGAGUAGAAACAUGGCCGGACCCAUUAGGUCAUCACUUCUUCGAUUUCAUUUAUUUGGGCUUUUUGUGAUGUUAUUAGAGUUAAUUUUAGUUUUAACCCAGAAGAAAGUUAUUUACCGGGGUAACCUGAAUCUGAUGUUUAGGAGCAGGGAAACAAUUUAUUGUGUUGGUUUAUGAUUCGUUUUUUUCAUAGUUUUGUUAAGAUGGAAAGAUAAAAAAAAAAAAAGUGAGAGCCGUAUGUGGUGGCCUACCUCACUUGGGAUGUUGUGUUGAUGUUGAAAGAAUUGCCUAGACCAUCUGAAUAGCUUUUAAUGGACUGUCCUGUCACAGUAGCAUGUAAUAUUUCGUAUUUUAGCAUUGCCUUCACUUAGCAAA